GCAGCGGCUCGCGGAGCCCGCGCGGAAGACCCGGCCGGCGCAGGAGCGGCGAGCGAGACCACCCGGCAGGGCUGCGCGCCCCGCUUCUGCCCGCUUCUCUCUGUCGUUCUUUCCACCGUCGCCAGGUCUGGUCGUGAAGGUUUUAAAUGAAAAAUACACUUUUCUUCUGCUUCCCACUGACACAGCUUACUUCCACUUGCAAGCUACGUGCUUCCUUGUUCCGUUUCUCGGGAGUGGACGAGGCAGAAGGGUCUUCAGAUGGAUUUUAGAAUUGCACACACUUGGAAUGGUUUCCCAGUGAGGCAUGAGCCAGUGUUUCUCACGCUGGAUCCAGGUGAUGGAGGAGUGAUGAUGGAGGUUCGUGCUCCAUUUUUCAAUGAUCCCCCAGCCCCACUUGGAGAACCAGGAAAGCCUUUCAAGGAACUGUGGGAUUAUGAAGUUGUGGAAGCAUUUUUCUUGAAUGAUGUAACUGAGCAGUAUUUAGAAGUUGAACUUUGUCCCUAUGGACAACAUUUAGUGCUUUUACUCUCUGGAAAAAGAAAGGUGUGGAAACAAGAACUUGAUUUAUCAUUUGAAGUGUCCAGAGGAGAGACAAAAUGGGAAGGCAAAGCUUAUCUUCCAUGGAAUUAUUUUCCACCAAAUGUGACAAAAUUCAAUUCAUUUGCAAUUCAUGGAUCAAAAGAUAAAAGAAGUUAUGAAGCCCUCUAUCCUGUACCACAACAUGAAUUGCAAGAAGGACAAAAACCUGAUUUUCAUCGUCUAGAAUAUUUCAAGCCCUUCAGCUUUAACAUGCUGCUUGGAGAAGAAUGGAAACAACCAGAAUCAGAUCUAUGGCUAACAGAAAAAUCUGCUUUAUAGGAAUGUAAUGGAUAACAAUGUCAAUAAAUUUUCCUCUGUACCUUUUAAUGUAAACCAUUAAGUUUAAUCUCUUUUAAGGCAAACUACUAAGUUUUUGAACAGCAAAUAUCUUUAGAGGCCAUGGAAAACAGUACAUAUCUCUCUGGAAAAUUGUGAGAUUAAUAAGAAAAUAGAAAGUAAAGUUACAAUUUUUUGCAGUUACUUAGUCUAGAAGCCAUGGUGUCAUGUGCUUUAUUUUCUGCUUUGUAACACUAUUACCUCAAAAUUCAAAUAUCCCUACAUUGUCAGCCAAAGUCAUUAUGGUUUCCACAUUUCUUUAAAGUUCAGCUAGCAUAAGAUUAUGAAAUCAUUUUUUUAACCUUAAAGAGAGAAAGCAAUAGAAACAAUGACAGAAAAAUUCAAAA